AAAGAAGGGACACUCGGAAGUCACAAUAUUAGUCUUGAUUUGUUCGUUCAGGUGUUAGGAAGUUUUUUUUUUGUAAUAAUUUUUAAUCGAAUUUUAAUCUACUUGAUAACGAAAAAAAAAUAAAAGAUGAGAAUUAAACAAGGUCUUAUUUUACUUUUGGUAAUUUGUAUUGUCGUAGCUGAGGUUUCAGCUGCCAAACAAAAAGGAGGUAAGAAUGGAAAAGGCGGCAAAAACGAAAAGAAAGUAAAAGGAGGAAAGCAUGAAGGCGGUAAACAAGAAAAAAAUCAAAAAAAUGAAAAAUACAACGCCAAAAACGAAGAAAAAGUCGAAGCUGAAGCUCCUGUCGAAGAAGAAGAGCCCGCAAUGGAGGAAAAUAAGGAAAACAUAAAAGCUGAGAAAGCUUCAAAGAAGGGCGAAAAAAUGGCAAAAGAGGGAAAAAUGAAAAACGAGAAGAAAGCAAAGAAAAAUAAGGAAGAACCUGCUGCUGGAAACUGUGAUUGCCCGCCAGGACCUCCAGGACCCCAAGGACCUCCCGGACCUCCAGGAGAAGUUAUCUAUCAACCCAUCUGUCCCGAAACCCUCAAUGCUCAAGAUUCCCUUCUUGGAUCAUGCGGCGGAGCUGCUUCAGCUGGAGGAUGUUCAUGCGGAAAGGAUUGUCCAUGCAAACAAGGAAUGGAAAAUAAAUACUCAGCUGAUGCCAAUGCCGCCAUCGAGCCAUCUCAAAUCUUCAUGACCAAAGCAGCGGGAGUUAUUGCCAUCCACAGUCAAAAUACGAUCAUCCCGCAAUGUCCCAUCGGUCAAAACAAGCUUUGGGAAGGUUAUUCCUUGAUGAAACUCGAAACGAACGGACAAGCUUCGAACUUUGACUUGGGAUCAUCUGGUUCUUGUGUAAAGAGUUUCAUGCCAAGCAUCUCAGCUACAUGCGACAUUGAAGGUCAAUGCAAGAUUGGACAACGAAACGACCGCUCCUACUGGCUUUUGGCAAACGGAACAAUCGGAAGUGAACCAAUGACCCAAGAAAUUGCUCAAAAUAUCAUUUCUCGGUGUGUUGUUUGCGAUGUUCCAUCCGCAGUUGUUGCUGUUCACAGUCAAUCGACAGAAAUUCCCAAAUGUCCCGCUGGAUGGGAUGAUAUGUGGAUCGGAUAUUCCUAUUUGGACUCGUCCCUUGGCGAACAAAAUCUCGCCAACGCUGGAUCUUGCCUCAAGGAAUUCCACAAUCCAUUAUUUAUCGAAUGCAAUCCCUCCAAAAACUCCUGCAACUUGCUUGAAAGUCACAAAUCCUCGUGGAUGAUCGCCGAACAGGCACCCGCAGACCCCGUCGAGGCAGUUGUCAAAGAAACCGUCGAGAAAAUCGAAGCUGUCAUCAAGCAGGAAACUGGCGCCGAGCCACACACCGAAUCCGCCAUCGAAAUUUCGAGAUGCGCCGUUUGCGUUAAAGUUGCCGUUUAAAUGUUUUUAGUCUAAAAAGUGUUCAAGGUUGUUAAAUAAUAAAGUUUUUAAUUGUAUCAAGACGAAAAA